GGCGUGCCGGUGACGUCAGAAGCUCGGCCCAACGCCGAAGUGUUUGGCUUUUUUCACGCACACUUGCUCAGUUCGCCGAACCGCGGGUAGCCAGCUGAGCUCGUUGAGGUGGAAGAGCGCGAGAGGGCCCUUGCAAAGGAACUCCGAGUGUUGCCCAAGAGGAUGUUUCUGUGUUAAGCAUAGCGAGCACCUCAGCCAUGAUGAAGGUGCGCAACUGUGAAGCUUUCUUGGGCUUGUUGAUAAAUAAAUUCAUUCGCAUCAGUGGCACAGCGUGCAUUGCAUGAAACACUUUCCAGGGCGCUUGCCAUCCGCCCUGCCAGAUCUUUGGGCCCAGCAAGGCAGACGCAUGAGGCAGGAGUCCGUCCAGCGCAUUGCUGAAUGAAGCAUUUGUGAGGAUGCCCAGCAGACGCAUGUUGGGCUGCUGUCUCACAUUGCUUGGGCCCCAGACCCAACUUCCACCAACCGACCUCAAGCAGCAGAAUAAUGCUGAUGCAGAUGUAAGUUACACAACACAAGUAAUGCAAGGACUGCUUCCUUACAGCGGCCGUUGCCAGUCGAAUGAUUCGCACGCCAUCUGAGCUUUGGCUUCACUAUGCGUGCAGAGGCUAAGGAGCAAAGUGUUGCCCUCGACAUGCUGGCUUGCACACCCAAGCGCGCUAUGUCAGUUGUCGAGACACAUGACCAUUCCACCGACUCUGCCUUGUUGGCUGCCUUGUUAGCUCGCAGUGCCUGCGCAAUGUUGCAUAUAGGUACUUUAGGACCUUGUGGUAAAUUUGAAAGGUUCCCUUUAGGUCAUAGUGCAAGCGCUCGUUUUCACUGCGCACCGAGCAAAAGUACACCGCGGGCAGCAGCUGCCCGAAGCCAACAUCCCCACGCGCCUCCUGCGUGGGAGCGAAGUGUGAGCAAACCAAGGUGAACGUGGCUGCGCUUACUGACGGCGGCCACAAGAGCGCCCAGCCAGCACGUGUACUGCGCAACAGGCAUCCAACUUUGCACCGCAGGAAAUCUACGAGCACUGCGCUAGAGGCAGGUGUCAUCGACGUUGCAAGCAGAUGCGAACACACUAUUACGUCGUUAGAAACGCAAGUCUCUCUUCAAAGCGCGGGUCGCGUUGAUGUCGCAGAAGUUUGGGAAGCAGCGCGUGUUGAAUUGACUUGUUCGUGGCCUUUUUUUUGGGCUCGCCAUUGUCUUGUUUCACGUUUGGCGCAUUGCUGUUUUUCGCAGGACACGUAGGGAGCAUAGGGCCCUGAGCAAAUUGAUGCAAGCGCGCUUAAGUUCAGGGGCCAAAGAGAAGCCGCAAGUACAACAACGACGCAUCAGUCAGCAAGCGCCAAUGCCCGGCUCGCGGCUGGCGCAUGGCGUGCCCCCUUUGACUUUGAUUCGCUGGCAUCCCCGCCGCCCAGGGUCAUGGGGUGCUUUGCCGCAUUUCCCAAAGGGACACCCCACAGCAGUUGGGGUGUCAGGGCACACCCCUAUUAAACCCUGGUUGACGUGGGGAUUUCCCAACAACCAGGUUUUCGGGGAGUCAGCCGGAGUCAGCUUUGCUGGGCUUGGCUUGCGCCGGCGAGCGACUACAUUCCGGCUGCAAGCGAUCCACGUCCUGUCCGGGUAAAAGUAGCAUUACCCGGGCGCGUGCUUGCCGUCGUCUGUUUGCCGUUUGUUUAGACUUGCCAUUUCGACGUUCCUGGCAAGUCUGGGCUGGACUGGUUUCCCACCUGCUGCCGUGCCGCUACAGCUUGCCCGGACGCAUGUUUGUCCGUCUGCUUAAAUUUGCAACAACUGUGGGGUGGGGGAACGGAGCGACACCGCAGAGAACUUGUCCAAAGCAAUAUGUUUUGCAUGGGGAUGCACAGAGUCGCCGGAAUGCGGUUCCUGGCAGCUUGAUGCUUUCAAUCGCUUCUCCAACGCCAAUCAGCUGUCGCAGGUUGAGAACACCAUGCCGGACUUGCGUGAUGCAGCAAGCUGCCUUUGCCCCAUGGCAUCGGAGGAAGUGCUCGCAGGCCCACAGUGCCCUGUGGGCUUCUAGUCCAAGACCUCGAGCUGCAAUCCCACAGGCGCCUGGAGAAAUUUCUUUGGCGUGGAAUGCCAUGGUUGCGAGAAGGGUUUCCAAAUGUUUCCAGCAAAAGGAGGCUAGGUAGCCCAGCUGCGUGCCAUGGGAAGACCACUAUGAUAUCGGGGGCCUCUCGUAUCGUGCGUUGUUCACAGACCCUGUUGAGAAGAUGGUAUUUGCACGAGUCCUUGCAAAGUUUGCCCAACUUCGGAGAGUUGCCGCAGUUCUUCCAUGGAAGAUUUGCAGCCCAUCGUGGCAGCUUUGACCAUUCCAGCGCCAGAUAUGUGUGGAUCGGGCCAGAAGCGAAGACCUCACACCCAUCCAUCGAAGCAGCGCUUUUCGAGCCGACGUGCUCAGGACUUGCUUGUGGCUGGCCACGCAUGAAGCCAUUUCGGUAUGUCUCAACAUGAGGGGCCCCAACAUGUUUGGUUUCCGUACAGUUUGCUCUUCGCAACCACCGAAGAGGGGCCAACUCUGAGAAAGACAUCGGCGAACCCUGCAGUGCCAGCUGUGCGCUGCGUUGGUUUUGCGGAAAACAGGACACGGGACUUGGGCCAGCCUCAUGGCUGGUGGGACAUGCUACCAUUCCUGCUUCUAUAUUUCGAUGAGCGUCCUGUCGAGAGAGCAAAAAGUCAGAGCUGCAACACAUUUGCUGACAGAACGCGUGUCUUCCGAAACAGGUCGGUUCGCGGGUUUGUUGAAACGCGCCGCAAAGUUUUAGUGUCUGAUGUGUUUUUUGGGUACCUUGGCAGGGCCGAUCGCCGCGUGCCAAGGCAGGAUUUCGGGAAUUCGCUUUGACAAUUUGUUCGUGCCGAAAACCGCCCGAGUGCAGAGACGUUUGGAAGGUGUGGGACAACUAUACUUCUUGCUUUUUUGUUGGGGAGGUCAUGUUGUCCGCUUUUCAUGAUUGGUCACUCUGGUUUUUGAGGGGGUCAUUUUUGUCCACUUCCAUUGGACAGGGUACACCAGGGUUUACCGAGCCUUCGAAACCUGGGAGGUUCCAACAUUGUCACCCGCGCCAAGAGCAUAGACUGAGUCAAGUGCAGGCCAACAAGUAGUGGACCCCUGUUGAGUCGGCGGCCCUUCGCUGGUUUGCAUUGGCGGCUGCUAUCAUCACCUUUGCGCCUUUGCACCUUGCUGGUCGGUUUUUUGCAGUAUUCUACCCAGGACGUGCAGCAGGAAUCUGCUGAGCACACCAUAUCUAUCCCAAGACAAGAAGAUGCCGCUACAUCCUGAACUGCCCAGACUUGCUGGUGCUCAGCAGAACAUGAGGGAAUGAACCUGCUACACCAUCCCUUGUGUUUUCCUUUCAGGAUGACCUAGGAUGUUCAAGGAAAAGCAUUGAACAUGCCAUGCUCGCUGCCGUUGUCUUGGAGGCAAUAGCGGACGUCGUUUUGGUUUGCAGCGUAGAUAUAGUGCGUGCUGACAUGGCCAUUCAAACGCCCAUGUCACGGGUUAGCGGUCAGGCUUCCCGCACCCAUGCGUUGUUGGACUCAAACGCAACAGUGUGGUCGUGACCGCUGGCAUUGUCGCCGCAAAGCUGGCUUGUUAAAAUGCCAACAGUCUGACAAGGGAUUGAAGGAGGACCCGCUGGCCACCGAGGCUACUGAGGGCCUUGUGUGAGUUGCCCCUCCCAGCAGCAUCCGGGUUGGGGGGAGAUGAGGCCCCAGCUGGGGACUCCGUUUGGGUGCAGCCCGCUUUGUGUUGGCGACUGGAGAGAUUCACCGACAAGAAGGGGCUCGAAGAAUGCGGCUGACAACAGAUCCUUGACCAUGCAUCGUGAUAUUCAGCGAACAACAAAUCAGCAGCUCGGAUCAUGAAAGCGCGUGACACAUCGCCUUCUAGCAGCCUGCUUUCUGUGCAAACUUUCGGGAGCCGGCAAAUUCCAACGGAAAGCCUGUUGGAAGCUAGAGGCAGCCAAAGAAGCUGAUGUGGGUAAACGGCCCAAAUUUCCAUAGCUGCAGCACAACUCCAAGCAAAACAAGGAAUGGAACAGGACAGCUCACUUUAGCUCCUUUCACCUUUGUUCCAAUGGCAAGGCCUGCCCGGCGCUGAAAAGCGGAGUGAUAUGGAAGGCAAUACGCAAUACUGAAGCAAAUCUUGUAAGCUCAAGCAACAAAGACAUGUGCCGCGGAAGUCUGCGGAAGGGAUUGGCGCACAACAAGGAUGCAGAAGGGUGUGCGGAAGUCUCAGCGGGCUGCGGCUUUCUGUGCAAGAGCCAACUUUCAAUUCCAACGGAAAACCUGUUGGAAGCUAGAGGCAGCCACACCAAAGAAGCUGAUGUAGGUAAACAACGCACAUUUCCAUAGCUGCAGCACAACUCCAAGCAAAACAAGGAAUGGAACAGGACAGCUCACUCCUUUCACCUCUGUUCCAUUGGCAAGGCCUGCUCUGCGCCGGGGUGAUACGGUCAUCAUGUGUGUGGGGCAGGUUUCUGAACAGGCGUGCCGGUGACGUCAGAAGCUCGGCCCAACGCCGAAGUGUUUGGCUUUUUUCACGCACACUUGCUCAGUUCGCCGAACCGCGGGUAAUUAGCCAGCUGAGCUCGUUGAGGUGGAAGAGCGCGCGAGAGGGCCCUUGCAAAGGAACUCCGAGUGUUGCCCAAGAGGAUGUUUCUGUGUUAAGCAUAGCAAGCACCUCAGCCAUGAUGAAGGUGCGCAACUGUGGAGCUUUCUUGGGCUUGUUGAUAAUGACAAGUGAAUAAAUUCAUACGCAUCAGUGGCACAGCGUGCAUCGUAUGAAACACUUUCCAGGGCGCUUGCCAUCCGCCCUGCCAGAUCUUUGGGCCCAGCAAGGCAGACGCAUGAGGCAGGAGUCCGUCCAGCGCAUUGCUGAAUGAAGCAUUUGUAGGGAUGCCCGGCAGACGCAUGUUGGGCUGCUGUCUCACAGUGCUUGGGCCCCAGACCCAACUUCCACCAACCGACCUCAAGCAGCAGAACAAUGCUGAUGCAGAUGCAAGUUACACAACACAAGAACUGCAAGGACUGCUUCCUUACAGCGGCCGUUGCCAGUCGAAUGUUUCGCACGCCAUUUGAGCUUUGGCUUCACUAUGCUUGCAGAGGCUAAGGAGCAAAGUUUUGCCCUUGACAUGCUGGCUUGCGCAGCCAAGCGCGCUAUGUCAGUUGUUGAGACACAUGACCAUUCCACCGACUCUGCCUUGUUGGCUGCCUGGUUAGCUCGCAGUGCCUUCGCAAUGUUGCAUAUAGGUACUUUAGGACCUCCUGGUAAAUUGGCGAGGUCCUCUUUAGGUCAUAGUGCAAGCGCUCGUUUUCACUGCGCACCGAGCAAAAGUACAGCGCGGGCAGCUGCUCCGAAGCCAACAUCCCCACGCGCCAAGGUGAACGUGGCUGUGCUUCCAACAGCAAAUCUAUUUGCGCUUACGACCCGUCGAGCACGGCGCGAGGGGCAGGUGUCAUCGACGCAAGCAGAUGCGAACACACUAUUACGUCAUUAGAAGCGCAAGUCUCUCUUCAAGGCGCGGGCCGCAUUGCUAUCGCAGAAGUUUGGGAAGCAGCGUGUUGAAUUGACUUGUUCGUUUCCUUUUUUUGGGCUCGCCAUUGUCUUGUUUCACGUUUGGCGCAUUGCUGUUUUUCGCAGGACACGUAGGGAGCAUAGGGCUCUGAGCAAAUUGAUGCCAGCGCGCUUAAGUUCAGGGGCCAAAGAGAAGCCGCAAGUACAACAAAGACGCAUCAGUGCAAGCGCCAAGGCCCGGCUCGAGGCUGGCGCAUGGCGCGCCCCCUUUCACCUUGACUCGCUGGCAUCCCAGCCGCCCAGGGAGUGAGCUUAGCUUUGCUGGGAACCACGGGUAAAAGUAGCAUUACCCGGGCGCGUGUUUGCCGUCUGUUUAGACUUGCCAUUUCGACGUUCCUGGCAAGUCUUGGUCUGCUUAGAUUUGCGACAAGUGUGGGGUGGGGGAACGGAGCGACACCGCAGGGAACUUGUCCAAAGCAAUAUGUUUUGCAUGGGGAUGCACAGAGUCGCCGGAAUGCCGUGCCUGGCAGCUUGACGCUUUCAAUCGCUUCUCCAACGCCAAUCAGCUGUCGCAGGUUGAGAACACCAUGCCGGACUUGCGUGAUGCAGCAAGCUGCCUUUGCCCCAUGGCAUCGGAGGAAGUGCUCGCAGGCCGACAGUGCCUGUGGGCUUCUAGUCCAAGACCUCGAGCUGCAAUCCCACAGGCGCCUGGAGAAGUUUCUUUGGCGUGGAAUGCCAUGGUUGCGAGAAGGGUUUCCAAAUGUUUCCAGCAGAAGGAGGCUAGGUAGCCCAGCCGCGUGCCAUGGGAAGACCACUAUGAUAUCGGGGGCCUCUCGUAUCGUGCGUUGUUCACAGACCCUCUUGAGAAGAUGGUAUUUGCACGAGUCCCUGCAAAGUUUGCCCAACUUCGGAGAGUUGCCGCAGUUCUUCCAUGGAAGAUUUGAAGCCCAUCGUGGCAGCUUUGACCAUUCCAGCGCCAGAUAUGUGUGGAUCGGGCCAGAAGCGAAGACCUCACACCCAUCCAUCGAAGCAGCGCUUUUCGAGCCGACGUGCUCAGGACUUGCUUGUGGCUGGCCACGCAUGAAGCCAUUUCGGUAUGUCUCAACAUGAGGGGCCCCAACAUGUUUGGUUUCCGUACAGUUUGCUCUUCGCAACCACCGAAGAGGGGCCAACUCUGAGAAAGACAUCGACUAACCCUGCAGUGCCAGCUGUGCGCUGCGCUGGGUUUGCGGAAAACAGGACACGGGACUUGGGGCAGCCUUAUGGCUGGUGGGACAUCCUCGAAGAGCGUCGUGUCGAGAGAGCAAAAAGUCAGAGCUGCAAGACAUUUGCUGACAGAACGCGUGUCUUCCGAAACAGGUCGGUUCGCGGGUUUGUUCAAACGCGC